AUGAGGAGGGGCUCCAAACCCAGCCCAGUGUGCUCUGAAGAAGAAAGACCCACCCUGAGCCAGGAAGGUGGACAGAGCUUCAGACAGAGUUCAGAGCUGGUGUUCCAUGAGCAGCUUCAUGAUGGGGAGAAGGCCCACAAGUGCUUGCAGUGUUGGAAGAGCUUUAGGCAGAGAGAGCAGCUGAUCAGCCACCAACACAUGCACACUGGGGAAUGGCCCUACGAGUGUGGGGAGUGUGGGAAGGGCUUCAGCUACAGAUCCCAGCUUGUGACCCACCAACGCAUCCACACUGGAGAGAAGCCCUACGAGUGUCCCCAGUGUGGGAUGAGGCUUCAGACCAGCUCCAAUCUCCUCCAGCACCAGCAGAUUCACAGCAAGGAGAGGCCCUUCCUCUGCCCUGAGUGUGGGAAGGGCUUCAAGCACAACUCCUCCCUCAUCAUCCACCGGCGCAUCCACACUGGGGAGAGGCCCUACGAGUGUCCCCAGUGUGGGAAAAGCUUCACCAGCAGCUCUCACUUGACCAGACACCAACGGAGCCACCAGGAGAGGCCCUACGAGUGUCCUGAGUGUCAGAAGAGGUUUCACACCAGCACUGAUCUUCUCCUGCAUGAACGGAUUCACACAGAUGAGAGACCCUUCCUCUGCCCCAGCUGCGGGAAGGGCUUCAAGCGCAACUCCCACCUCAUCAGGCACAAGCGGACCCACACUGGGGAGAGGCCCUACGAAUGUGAGGAAUGUGGGAUGAGCUUUAGCCAGAACUCUAACCUGAUCUCCCACCAGAAGACCCACACCAGAGAACAGCCCUACGAAUGUGGGGAAUGUAGGAAGGGCUUCAGGCAGUAGUCUCUCUUGGGCUGCCACCAGAGGAUCCACACUGGGGAAAGGCCAUACAAGUGUGGGGAAUGUGGGAUGACCUUUAGUAGGAGGCCCCAACUGAUCAUGCACCAAAUGACCCACACUGGGGAGAAGCCCUACAAGUGCCCUGAGUGUCAGAAGAAGUUUCACACCAGUUCUCAUCUCGUCCAGCACCAGCGGAUUCACACGGUUGAGAGGCCCUUCCGCUGCCCUGACUGCGGGAAGGGCUUCAAGCACAACUCCACCCUCAUCACCCACCGGCGCAUCCACACUGGGGAGAGGCCCUACAAGUGUCCCCAGUGUGGGUAG